AUGGUACAGACGCAGUUCAGUAAGAAGGUCAAGUUUGUGGGACAUGAGGGAUCCCGCGAGUUUGCAACCAACUCGCUUCAAGUGUUCUACGAAGAUGAAGGCAUUGAACAGUAG